UAUUGCUGGAGGCUUCGGACCUAGAGGUAAACUGACUUUACUCUUUCUUUCUCUGGAUUUUUUACUAAUACAUUCUAGGAUGGCUUUCAAAAGAGCUCUCUGCUCAUUGCUUUCCUCUUCACGGAUUUUCUUGUCUUCGGCUCUACGCCGUGUAGCUCGGUUAUCUUUUAACUUUUCAUGGUUUAACUUGAAUUUCUCUUUCGUAUUUCCCCCCAAAGCAUUAUCCUUACCGGUUUCCAACCCAAUAUUUUGUUGUUGUGAAGGUUGUUCCAUUACUUGUUGCUCACUUUCCUGCUGGUCUACUUUGUUGGGCGCAUGUAGAGGAUUUAAAAUAGAAUAA